CCGCUCCCGCACCGAACUAUACACGAUUGUCGCCAUUGUACGAAGCGACGUACGAACGACGGUCGUACGGGAUCGCGACACGGAACACUCGGGACACACGGGACACGGGGCCGCAUGCGAUACUGUUGUACGAUGAUAUCCACAGUUUAGUUUGUAUUGAGCAGUGUUCGUGUAGAGUGACUCUAUGAUUGUAUGAGGGGUGUUUGAAGUCUCGGUGGAUCUAGUUACCAAACACCAGCGGGCACCUGAUGAGGUAAAGGCUCUUGAAAAGUUAAGAAUCCUUGAGAGUAGUGACUUGUCGGUAGUAAAGUGUACUAACAGAUGUACACCCUUUCACAACUCGACUACCAAACGUCGAUGAACUCUGCCGCUGGUGCUAUGUGCGAUCGAGCUGGUUAUGGUAGCACCAUGAGCCACUUCCCCAUGGGCCCAAUGUCGGCCAUGGGAGCCAUCGGCACAAUGGGAGCGAUCUCAGCCAUGAACGGCCAAUCACACCAGAAGAAAUCCCAGGAGGAACACAUCAAGCGACCCAUGAACGCGUUCAUGGUGUGGUCCAGAUUACAAAGGAGGAAAAUUGCUCAGGACAAUCCAAAAAUGCAUAACUCGGAGAUCUCAAAGAGAUUAGGCGCUGAAUGGAAGUUGCUCUCAGAAGACGAGAAGAGACCCUUCAUUGAUGAGGCGAAGCGCUUGAGAGCCAUGCACAUGAAGGAACACCCAGACUAUAAGUACAGACCGCGGAGGAAGCCCAAGACCUUGAGGAAGGAAGGCUAUCCCUACUCCAUCCCCUAUCCCAGUGUACCGAUGGACGCCUUGAGAGCCGGUAUGGCCGGUGGUGGUAUGACCCAGGCCAUGGGUGGUUACUAUGGUGCUGCAUACGGACCUCUGGGAGCGAGUAUGGCCGCAGCAGCAGCGGCAGCGGCGCAGCAGAACGCCAUAUCGGCAGCGUUGACGCCGAACGCACAGGUUGGUUCGUCAAUGGAUAUGUCUAAAUACGGUAUAGACGACAAAUACAGGAGCUAUGGUAUGUAUCCCGACCCGUCCCGGGGCUACUUGGAUUCGGCGGCCCUCUCCAAGGCCUACAUGUACAUGGAUCAACAGCAGCAACGCUCGUAUCCUAUGGAUAUCAGCAAGAUGUACUCCGAGGCCUCGGUGGCUAUGGCUGGAUUGAGCUCCACUGUUAACUCUGCAUCCAGCUUGUCUCCGAGGUCUCCAGCGGAGUCGCCGGAUACAAAGCAGGACCGCCCCGAGGGGUCAACGUCCUCGGGAUCCAAUCCCUCCCCCUCCCUCCCCUACUACCAGUCCUCGGGGCUCCUGAUGCCCCAGUAUCCCGGCCAGUAUCCUCAGAACACCCAAGCCGGUCCGGAGUUCAGGCGGCCGCUCACUGUUAUAUUCUGACCAGACGUCUAGUUAGCCUGAUCGGACUGUUUCACUAGCCACGAGCAGUUCUCACGAACUCUCAGCUUCGAUUGUUAUCAUUGCAAAUUGUUUCUUUUCGUCAUUGUGCUUAAAGUGAAUUUUUAUUUUCACGUUGUUUUGUAUCGUGAUCAUUCUCUGAAGUUCCUUGAUUUUUUUUUCUGUUAUAGUCUAAAAAUUAUAUAGUUUAGAUUAAGAGAUUUAAAUUGUAAAUGAUGUUGUACAUACGGUAACAUGUAACGUGGAGGGGUUAAAGGUUCCAGUGACAGUGAGAGCUGUUAUCAAGGGAGCGCACGUUUUCAGCUGUCAUUGGUGUUUUUAACGUACGUAAAAGUCCAAAUUACAACGACUCUGUAAUUGUAAAUAUUAUAAAUAUUGUUUUAGAUUAUAAAUAAAAUGUGCAUUAAUUAUCGACUUGUUAGUUUGUCUGUUCAACAUAGACUGACGUAGUGUUUAUUUUUAAAUAUUCAAAUCGUCUAUGAUCGCUCGCUGUAUGUUGUAUAUUAACGUACCUUUGCAUUUAUGAAGAUGCCAUAAAUUUUUUAUUUACUUAAAAUAAGUAAAAAAAUAAUUUAAUUUAUAUUCCGAUUUAAAAACACGAGACAAGAGUUCAAACACAAUUAUUAUAUCAAUUAUCGACGGGAAAAUGUAAUUUUGAAUGACAGUAUUGUAAAAUUAACCACGUGUUCAAAAUCAUUGCCAAAACUGUCACCGAAACAUAAAUAUUGAGUAACUAAGCUUAAGGUAAGCUUUCCUUUUAGUGCUUUGUAAAUUAUUUAUAGGAUAAUUAUAAUGUAUUCAG